AUGGAGGUUAAAUUACUUUAAUAAUAGAUGAACAAAUGUGAACACCAUCACAAAAAUGCUAUUAUAGAAUAAGCAAACACAGGAAUAAGUAAAGUGUCUCUUUGGCUCUCGAUCAGUACUGAUACAAAGACACUUUAACAAACAAUGGUGAAAUAAGCACAACCACUCUAUUUGGGUUUCAAGUUAAGCAAUUUCAGGUUCAGGAUGCGGUUUAUAAUUUGGAUUUGUUUACUAGCUACAGCAGUCAAGUCUACAGAUGGGAUACCUGACAAAAAUGACUGCAAUGUAUGCACAAGUGCAGACAACAAAAUAGCUCUAUGCUGUAAUGCCUGCUAUGAGAAGUCUGAUAGUGAUAAAUGCUUCACAACUGAAACAUUGGCAGUACAUCCUUUCUCUGCGGUCACUGGUUAUAAGGAUAUUUGUGGAGAAUGUGGAGCAGCUAAUCAACCAGGAGUUACAUGUCAUUCUAAACUCUUCCCAGGGUGCAAUGGAUGCCAGGGCUAUACAAUAGCUUUAAAAAGAUGCAGCAGGUUCAAUACCCAAGAGAGUCCUGAAUGCAGCAAAAUAUUCUAUGACUGUAUGAACAAAGCAUGUUUCAUUGCAAGAGGCCAACUACCUUCAACAGAGGCUGACCUUGGCAAAGUUUGCAAUGAUUUUAUAUGUGACAAAGAUGAAGAUGUGAGCUCUUGCGCUGUUGACUGUAAUAGUGAUGAUCUGCCAUGUAAACCACCCCCAUCCCUCAUAGAAGAUAGUCCAUGCAUAAUGUGCAAGAAUGGUGGAACAUUAGAUGUUUCCUGUGGCUUUUGUACAUGCCCUGAGGGAUACACAGGCAUUGACUGUGCAGCUGUCACAGAGGUGAAUGCAACAAUCACGGGAGACCCCCAUGUUAUCCAGUACAUUUCAAACAUCCAAGAGCAGUUGUGUUAUGAUGCAUAUGGACAGGGGGGAUUGAAAUACAAGUUCUUUUCUCAACCAGACAUAGGUUUGAUAGUUAAUGCAAGAUUGAAGACAACAGAUGGUGAUAAUGAGAGCAAACUUAUAUCACAUCUUCAUAUCACAACAAAUGAUGUUAUAAUACAAGUCAACCUUGACGAUGUUACUAUAAACAACAAGAAAUUACAGUGGCAAACGCAAGAUGAAGUAUUUGGGACAGGAAGUGAAACUACUAAAAUAACAACAACUUUUACAACAAUGGUUGUUCAAAUCAAUGAACGAAUUGAAGUCGCAGUUACCAAGAAAUAUAACCAUUUGGAUUUUUUCCUGAAAUGGCCUAUUGAGUUAACAGCAAACACAAAUGGUAUUUUAGGAUGGGUGGCAAACAAUGUAGAGACAUUAACACAAGAACCACACCCAAACACGUACGUACACCUGAGUACAGGGAAGAAUGUAAAUGUCGGCAAACAAACAAAAUGCUUCAGAGUUGGAUACAGCCAAAGAAAAAGCUUCAUUAACAUGGAUGACUUCUUAGUGUCAAAAUAAUACAAUGAUAUGCAACAAUUUACCAUUCAGUAGUAUACAUGUAAUUCAAG